GUUUUUGACACCACCCUACGGACUUGAGGGAUUCAGCUUCAGUAGGGUGUAAACAAAUCUCUACACUACGCCGAAUAAGGGAUAAUUUGUUAUUGAUGACUGUGAAAGCGGACUUCACUCGUAGAAUGUAGACGAAAUGUGUUGUACAUUAAAGGGUUGGCAUUGGAUAAUUUAGCAAUGUUAUCCCAAACAUUUGUGCAACAAUGGUCGCCAGGUGAAUUGUCCAUAACCAUAUGAUAUUUCGACGAUGGCGACACCUGCAGAGCAAGACCUUGCAUUAGCUGAAGCAGAAAGCAACAAGGAGAAGUCUCAAAGAUUUGGAAUCCUUAGGUUACAGGAAGAAAAAUCGGCCGGUGAAAAAGCUAGCACCACGACCAUGAUGGCAGGGGAUGGGAGAUGGCAGGCGCCCAUAUUUGCCCUAGCCAGGAAAGCAUCCGAGACCUUUUCAGGAAGCAGCAGUCACGUUCUGGCAAAGGUAGCGGAACCCACAUCUUUUGUAAACGAAUGGAGUGUCCCAGCUCUGCGGGACCCUAUGUCGAUGGAGAGAACUAACCUGCUGAACAUGGCCAAGCUCAGCAUCAAAGGCCUGAUCGAGUCGGCCCUCAGUUUUGGACGCACCCUGGACUCCGACUACCCUCCACUCCAGCAGUUCUUUGUUGUCAUGGAGCACUGCCUCAAACAUGGCCUCAAAGUGAAGAAGUCCUUUCUUGGAUACAACAAGUCACUGUGGGGUCCUCUGGAGAUGGUGGAGAAGUUGUGUCCUGAGGCAGGAGAGAUUGCAGCCAGCGUCAGGGACCUACCAGGACUAAAGACUCCACUGGGCAGAGCUCGGGCCUGGCUGCGUCUGGCCCUGAUGCAGAAGAGGCUGGCUGAUUACCUCCGCCUUCUGAUCACCAGAAAGGACCUGCUGAGUGAUUUCUAUGACAACUCUGCUAUGAUGGUAGAGGAGGAGGGUGCUGUCAUCGUUGGCCUGCUGGUGGGACUCAAUGUGAUCGAUGCCAACCUGUGUGUCAAGGGCGAGGACCUGGAUACACAGGUUGGUGUCAUUGACUUCUCAAUGUACUUGAAAAAUGACAUUGAUGACUACAGAAGUGGAGAAAGAAAUGGUCAAGUAGCAGCCAUCCUAGACCAGAAGAACUAUGUUGAAGAAUUAAAUAGGCAGCUUAAUUCUUCAGUACACGGCUUACAAGGGAGGGUCGAUAACUUGGAGAAAUCAAACUCUAAACUCAUUGAGGAGCUGGCGAUUGCAAAAAAUAACAUAAUCAAACUGCAAGAGGAGAACCAUCAGCUUAGAAAUGAGAACACUAUUAUUCUCAUAAAAGCUCAGCAGCAACUUGAGGUGACCCAGGUUGACGUGGAUGUGGAGCUGGACACCUAUAAGCAGUCGAGGCAGGGCCUUGACGAGAUGUACAACGAGGCCAGGAAACAGCUCAGGGAGGAGUGUCAACUACGCCAGGAUGUGGAAAAUGAGUUGGUGGUACAGGUAAGCAUGAAGCAGGAGAUGGAUCUGGCCAUGAAACUGUUGGAAAAGGACAUUCACGAAAAACAGGACACACUAAUCGGCCUGCGCCACCAGCUGGAUGAAGUCAAGGCCAUCAAUGUGGAAAUGUACACAAAAAUGCAGACUUCUGAUGAUGGCAUGAAACAGAAGAACGACAUGAUCACUCGUUUGGAGGAGAAGACCAAUCAAAUCACAGCAACCAUGAAACAGCUGGAGCAAAGAUUACAAGAGGCAGAGCGGGACCGCUGGACUGCAGAAGAUGGAGCUCGCAAAUUCAAGCACGACUUUGCCAACAAAGCCGACAGCCUCCAAAAGCAGAUAGCCCAGAGAGAGAAACAAAUGCUGCAGCUGGAGACAGACCUAAAGAUUGAGAAGGAGUGGCGGCAAACCUUACAGAACGACCUGGAGAGGGAACGAGACAUCGUCGCCCAGCUCAGUGCUGAAGCCCAGCAAAUAAAUGGACUUAAAAAGGAGUUCCACAGGCUGCAGGAUGAGAACAGCCAGCUGAAGGGGAUUUGUGAAGAACAGGAGCAGGCCCUGGAGGAGCUAGGCUGCAAACUCAGCGAAUCAAAACUUAAAAUCGAAGACAUAAAAGAGGCAAAUAAAGCUCUUCAGGGAGGGCAGGUCUGGUUGAAGGACAAAGAUGCUACCCACUGUAAACUUUGUGAGAAGGAGUUUUCCAUCUCUAGGAGAAAGCACCACUGUAGAAACUGUGGGGAGAUCUUCUGCAAUGCCUGCUCUGACAACGAGCUGCCCCUCCCUGCCUCACCAAAACCAGUGAGGGUCUGUGAUACGUGCCACGCCCUUCUCCUCCAGCGCUGCUCCUCCAAUGCCACGUGAGAUGCCCCCCUUCAGGCCCAGCCGCAGCUUUAACUCAAUUCCCCGCAGCUCAGACUACCAGGAAACCUCUGAGCUCAUGUGACUGAUGUCAAGUGUGUACAUUCUACAAGGUAUAUCGCUUUGUGUAGCAUGAGAUUUGAGAUGUUAUAUCUGUGACACUAAGGUUCUUGUGAUAAAUGUCAACAUUCCCUUACAAAAGAUAAACCAUUUGGGCAGCUGAGCAUAUCAUUCCAAAUCUGCAGUAAGAAUAUCUUGAUGAGACAAUUUUAAAGUAUGUUUCUCUGUGUGACACAGUGGCUGAGCCUGAUGUGAUUAGGACUGGAGUCAUAUUUUUUGUUUUGAGUCAUGUUAUUUCACUUGAACGGUCUGAAAGGACGAGUACAUUUUUGUUGUUGUUGACCAAAUCUCUUUUUUAUUUACAUUUGUGUGCUUUCUCAUUCCCAUUAUGGUGAGAACCUGGGAAUGCUUGAACACGGAAAGUAUCACUCGAGGUUAACAAAAUGGAAUAACAUUGGAUAAAGUUUAAUGACACUUGUGUACAACAUCUAAAGAAAUGCAUCACUAUACUGAGUGUUGUCGUUUCUAAAAAUAUAUAUGUUUUUGGAGCUGUUUUAUCUGUGUCCCUGCAACUGUAGAAAGAGCACGAGGAAAUAACUUGCUGGUGGGGUUUCUCAAAACCAAGUGAAAUCGCAAAAGAAGUGGCUGAACACUUCUAUAGCAUGCCAUUUACAAAAAAAGAGAUUUGGUUAAACAAAGUGAACUUCUUCUCCUAUAACUGAUGUAAUUCACAUGUGCCUCUAAUAAGCCAAAAUACUAAAUGAGUACCUUUCAGACUUGUUUCUGCAUGGUAGAAUGCAGGCACAUUUCAGAAGUAUGUUUACCAAAAGCACUAAUGUUCCCGAUACUGCUUUGUGACGAAGAAGCAGAAACUACAUGAAACGGCGCAGCAAAUGUAUGUUGUACUUUUGAUUAAGUAGGCCUAAUAAAUUAUUACCUUAAGUAUUCAAAUACAGUAUCUAGAGCUAACAAUUCAGUUUGGAAACAUGCCAAUCUUAUUUCUUUUCAGAGACUAAUCAGGCAAGUUAAAAAACUUGGAUCACUAAGUGGCAAGGAAUUUGAGAUGCACUCAUUUGUGUAACCACUUAUACACUUGCUGGAAUUUGUUUUGUAUUCAAUCAGCAAAGCAAUGUUUGCAAUAUAUAAUUUUACAAAACUGGAAUUAACUUUAUUACAAAUGGAUGUGCUACAUCUCACAUUGAUGAUCAAAACAUACUGUGUGCAGUAUGUUUUCAAUAUAUUGUCUUGUUCGCUAGAAGCCAGUUACUUUGCAAAGCAUUAAUUCAUGUUGCCAAUCAUGUCAUUUUGACUAUGAAAUUUAAAGUGAUUGAACGGGAUCUUAAGCAUUUACAAAUAUGUAACAUAUUGUACGAAUUACAAUUCGUAACAUAUACAGAUUGCAGGAUUUUUUUUUCAUAGUUUUGCUGGACAUAAAAUAUGAAAUGGAUGUAGUACACAAUAGCGGACAUGAAUAAAGAUGGCGUCCCCCAUCUACUUACAGAA